AGAAGAUAGUGGACUUACAGGAAAAGAUCCGUAAGUUAGAAGAACAAGUGAUCAAGAAUUCCUCAAAAGGCGAUGAGCGAGUCGACGAAACAAUGGCGUCGGACGCUCAAGAUGACAAAGAGCAGGCGGAGAUGACUCCGCCGGACAACGACUUGCCGGUCGAGGAGAUCAUCAUCCAAGAUGACAACGAGGACAACAAUUGGCUUGAAGUUCUGGGAGAUGAUCCAACAGCCUCCUUGACUACCGAGGUCAAGAUCGACCCAGAGUUACUGAAGAGGUGGGAUUAUUUCUGUAAGAAUGGCAUUAAGAAGGACGUAAUGGAAGCUAUCUUAGCUAAAUACGCCCCGGUGCCUGAAUUCACACCACCAGCGCUCAAUCCACAGAUCUCUGUUACGAUGAAAGAUUUUGCUAUUACCAGAGAUAAACAUAUGAAAGAGAUCCAAAGACUAGCCAGUACGGCUCUUGUUAUGAUUGGUUCCGUGAUCACUUUGAUCCAUGAAGGUCAGCAGGCUGAGGAGGGUUUAGAUAUCGCCAGUGUUACUAAACCCUUAGUUGAGGCCGGUAAGAUCAUAGCAUUGAUCUUCUAUAAACAAAGUGUGUCGAGAAAAGCCUUCAUAGAACCAGGGCUGUCAAAAGAAACAAUCUCUGUGUUAAAAGAGACUAAGGUAGAUGAGUUCUUAUAUGGAAAAGAACUAACUGAGAAGCUCAAAGAAGCCAAAGCGAUGGUCAAGAUGGCAGAGACAUUGAAGCCCUCUCAACCGAAGCCCUUAUCUCAAGCAAGACAGAAUUUAAAUCAGAAGGCCCCAUUUGCAAAAGGUCCGAAACAAAUGGGGUUUACAUCUACCACAGGACAACGGAAACAAAAGCUGUUUUUCAAAAACAGACAGCAGUUCAUCAAUCAGAACGUACCACCACCCGGCCCACAGCAGCCCAAGCCGCAGGGCAAAUCACAAGAGAAGAAAGAGUAGAGAGUGUAAGUCAAUGUGCGGGUAGGCUAAGUCUGUUUUAUAAAAAUUGGUUAGAAAUCACCG